UGGUCAAAUUCUUGUUAGUCACGGUCGAGCGGGUUUUAUUGCUUUUCAUUACCCAAUAUUCGUACUUGACUUUAUGAAUUUUGUUUCAAUCUCAGAAAUUUACAGCACUACCCAAUACAUUUUAUUCUCCUAGCGAAUAUUUAAAAAUAAAUGUAACGUGUAAACGACAUAUUUUUUUCUGCAGUCGGUGAUCGCCUCAUUUUCAACGUUACAUCGAUAAACAUUUAAACAUUUAAAAAGUUACCCUCUACCAUAUUCUAACCCCUCUGCUCCAGCUUGACAUGUUACAUAAUAUAAUACAUAAUAUCGCUCCUCUCCUGUAGCCGUGUGACCACAUGAGCUCCAGAUGUUCUUUUAUUAUUUUCCAUCAGCACACCAGCCGCUCUGUGAUGAUAUUUUAUCGGGGCUUACUUUGCGAGUAAAUUAUCUUACGUAUGCUUUAUUUCAGUUUUAUAAAUUACCAACUCUAAUCUAGUCCCGUUUGUGUUGUUCGUUAGUUAUUUCGCUACCUGAAGAGUUUGUGUCGGAGCUGAAGCUUGGGGAUAAAGAUGGCUCCUGAUAAAGAGCACCUGAACGCUCUUUGUGACGCUAUCUGCCACAGUGCAGCAGCUCACAACGGAGACUCGAAUGGGUUCGACUUGAUGACCUGCAUUGAUCCUGCGUUCCAAGGAGUUGGUCAGAUGGCUGGUGUAGAAAUAUGGAGGAUAGAGAAAAUGAAGGUGGUAGCAGUGCCCCAAGAUACUCACGGGAAGUUUUACAGUGGAGAUAGUUAUAUCGUUCUACAUACGGAGCUGAUCAAUAAUAGAAAAGAAUGGCACAUUCACUUCUGGCUUGGCAAAGAAACCUCCACGGAUGAAGCGGGAUGUGCAGCUAUCAAAUCCUGCGAGCUGGACGACUCGUUGGGAGGAGGUCCAAUCCAACACAGAGAGGUCCAGGAAUACGAGUCCAGCAGGUUCCAAUCAAUCUUCAAACAAGGAAUACAAUACUUAGAGGGUGGGGUAGACUCAGGGUUUGUAGAUAUCAGCAAGUUAGAGUUCCGUAAGAAGCUGUACCACAUCAAGGGUCGGAGGAAAGUGCGGAUAACCCAGGCAGAAGUAUCAUGGAGAUCUCUGAACGAGGGAGAUGUGUUCGUGCUGGAUUGUAAGGACACUGUUUGGUGCUGGAUCGGAACUGAUUGUUCCAGACUCGAGAAAAUCAAGGGUAUGGAGUUUGCAAGGAAGAUCAAGGACGAGGAGAAACAGGGCAGAGCUACGAUGGUUCUUGCUACCCCUGAUGAUCCACGACUCCAAGAGAAGUUCUACGACCAGUUAAACCGAGAAGACGGAGAGAAAGUGACAAUCAAAUCAGCAGAGGAGGGCGGAGACGAUGAGAUGGCUGAAGCGGCUCCUAGAGAAAUAGCUCUUUACCAAGUGUGUGAUGAAUCCGGAGAAAUAGAGAUAUCACCAGUGGGAAAAGCUCCCCUCGACCACGCGCACCUCUGCUCAGAUGACGCCUUUAUACUGGAUAUGGGUAACUCCGGAGUCUACGCCUGGAUAGGAAAAGGAGCAACACAACAAGAGCGGAGCCAAGCCUUCAUGCACGCCCAGAAGUUCAUCAACGACAAGGGUUACCCAUCCUGGACACCGCUGUGUAGAGUGGUGGAAGGAGCCGAAGAUAACCUCUUUAUGAGCUGCUUCUCCAACUGGCCCAGACCUGUUAUCGAGAGACAGAUAUCCAAGAAUGCUGUCAUUCCUGAGAAGAUUAAGGAUCCUACUGUGGACCUGAGCGGAUUAUUCAAACAGCAGAGGGCUGCGGAGAAAAAGGACGAUGACGUUAAGGAUGAUGGAAGCGGAAAACUCAAGAUCUGGCGAAUUGAGAAUUUCGAGCUAGAAGAGGUGGACGAAUCAACGUACGGAAUAUUCUGGGACGGAGACAGUUACAUAGUCCUCUACACGUACAUUCAGGCUGGCAGAAAUCACGAGAGUUUUUUUAUCUACUUCUGGCUGGGUUCUCACAGUACGACAGAUGAGAGGGGAGCAGCAGCACUGCACGCUACAAAGAUUGACAGUGAGGUGGGCUGGUCAUCUCAGAUGGUAAGGGUAGUACAAGGCAAGGAACCUCUCCAUUUCCUCAGAUGUUUCGGGAGGAGGAUCACUAUACUUCAGGGUGGUGUUGAUAGUGGGUUUAAGCAGACCUCAUCAGAAGAGACGAACGGACACGAAAGCACAAAAUCCCGCCUCUUCCACAUAAAGUGUAUAGACGAGUACGUGAAGAGUAUAGAGGUUUUCUGUAAAGCAGAAAGUUUGAACAGUAAUGACUCUUUCGUUUACCUGGGACAGUAUAAGACAUACAUCUGGUACGGCAAGGGAUGUGAUGCUGAAGAGAAGUUUACUGCUAAAAUGUUAUCAGAAAAGUUGGACAGGCAGAGUCUUAUCGGAGCCUCACCCUUAUCAGUGAACACUAUCGAGAUAGAAGAAGGAAAUGAACCGGAUGAAUUCUGGGAAGUGUUGGGAGGCAAGGCCGAGUAUGCGAGUGGAGCAGAACUGGAGAAUUUCGUGAACGAGCGACCACCCAGACUAUUCCAGCUCAGUAACGCUUCAGGGACCUUCUCUGUGGAGGAGAUCUACAACUUUAACCAGGAUGACCUUAUCGAGGAUGAUGUGAUGUUAUUAGAUAUUGGUAACACGCUGUAUGUUUGGGUCGGCAAAGGAGCAAAUGAAAUAGAGAAGAAGCAGAGUCUAAUUGCAGCAAAGGAGUUCAUUAAGAACGACCCAUCGGGUAGAUCUGAGGCGGAUGUGGACAUGUUCGUCGUAAAAAUGGGAUUCGAACCACCAAAGUUCACUGGUCAUUUCCAAGCAUGGGAUCCUAGAAAAUGGGCGGACUGGGAUCCUUCAAUUUGGACGGGCGGAAAGACGUACGAGGAGAUUGUGGCGGAGCACUUUGGAGGAGACGCUAACGGCGUCUCCAGUCUCAAUGACGAACUUGCAAAAUAUUCUAAAAAAUAUCCCUUCGAAAUACUGUGCAAGAAAAUCGUGCCAGAGGGAGUGGACGUUGUCAAUAAGGAGCGAUAUCUGGACGAUGAUGACUUUUUGGAAUUGUUUGGAAUGACGCUCGCUGAUUACGAAGCUUUGCCGCGUUGGAAACAACUCAGGGCCAAGAAAAUGGUUAAACUAUUCUGAGUGAUAUGUUGCAGACACCAAGGACCACUAUUGAAUCAGUUAGAGUCCGAGUAGCCAUCAAGAGUUGGUUGUUAACAAAAUAUUGGAUAUAUUCAGAAGAUACGAUAAGACAUGUUUGAGAUUCAUUUAUCGAUAGCGGAAUUCGGCGAGCAUGUCUCACAUCAGAUUUUCCAAGUAACAGUAUGAGUAAUAAAUAAUGUGCAU